AUGAAAAACAAUGGAUCUGAGAAGGAUGAAGACGACUUUUGGAAGAUCUUAAGCGAGAGCGAUAGUGAAUAUGAGCAAGAAAUAGGGCUGCUUUUUAGACCCAGGACGGAGGGAGUCAAUCCAGAAUCUAAAAUUGAGGGGGAAGGUCAAAAGGUCGAAGCCUCCAAUACAUCGUCGGAAGAGCUGGAAAAGAAUCCUGGAGAAAUUCCAUGGGCCGAGGAAGACAUCUCUGAUCGAAGUGGAAAGAAAGAAGAAGAGAAAAAGGAUCCGGAAGAGACAUCUAGCUGGGAAGCAAAGACUCAAGAGAAGUCUUUUUCUGGAGAUAAACUAGAGAACAAAGAAGAGGUUAUGGAGAUGAAAGAAGUUCGGAAUGAAAGCAAAUUUUCGAGGCUAGAAGUAAGUACGAAGUCUGAGCCUGUAGCAGAUUCGGAGGUAAAGAUAUCUUCUGUAGAUGAAAUGGAUUUUCUUUGGGACGACGACGAGGAGUUCAUACUUGAAGGGGUCUCUAAUGUGAAGAUAGAGAAGGAAGCCUCUAAUGGCAAGGAAGACUUGCAAGACACCCCGCUUCAGGAAAAGCCUUGUAUCGAGGAGGAAACUAUCAUAAAGGAGGAGGAGACACCCGAAAGUUGUGGGGAGUCUAAACAAAUAGAUUCCACAAACCUUUUUAUUGGGUCUCCUACAGGAUUGCAGAGCACUAAAAUGGAUCCCAUGAAGCCUAAGCCAUUGUCAAAGUUUGUGUGCGGAAACCUGAUUACAGUUUUUAUGUCUUCGCAGAAGAGAUUCAACAUACAAGGAGAGGCCAUUCAAAGCUAUAUAAAUGUUUCGGAAUGGUAUAGGCCUGACUACAUCCUCCCUGAUAUCAAGCCUUCCAAUUUUGUUUCAAGUCUUGAAAGAAAUGGAGAUGUCAAGUAUAUGCAUGUCUAUGAAUUAGUUCAGCUUAAGACUAUAUCGAUCGAUAAUAUUUCCCGUAUUGUUUCCGAUACAAAACCUGUCUAUUGUAGCAAAGAUAUCAAUAGGUCUAUUAGUGCUGAAAGUAUGAAUAAGCUCAUAGAGCUCUGUAUAGAAGACCCAGACAAAGCCUUUGAAUAUGCAAUGGAAAAUGAAAUAUGGGAAGUUGGUAUUUUGUUGCCAAAGUGGUCAAAAGGUGUUGGAAAUAAGUUUCUGGAGAAGUUUUGUAACAGCUCCUGUGUACAGCUGAUAUCUUUGGCACUUGGGUUCUCGAAAUGUUCCUUUAAGCUUAACGGAAAUUGGAAAGCAUAUAUUAGAGAGGUUCUAAGUACCAAGAGCAUCAAUAUUAAUAAUGACUUUAUACUUCAAGUUUUCGAUAGGAGUAUUCCCGAUGCACUAUUUGUGAUAAUAGCAUCUCACCUCCUUGGAAUAGGAGACAUAAACAAGUACUUAUGGAUGUUCAGCAAGAACUUUGAAGCCCUCAGGGUUCUUUGCUAUGUAGAACAUAUUUUCGGCCACAUAAAAGACCUUGAUCUUCUCAAAUAUGAAUUUGUUUCCGUAGGGAUAGAAUUCGAUAGGCAAAAGGCAGAGGAAUAUUUUAAAGCAAAUCGAAAGUGCUUUAGAAAGGAGCUUGGAAGCAGUCUUGAAUCGGUAUUUGACACCAGAUGGUCUUUUGGUCUUAAGAGUGUUUUUGACUUUGGAAUCAAAAAGAUUCUUAAUGUGGACAGUUUUGAAGACGAUCUAGAGAAGAACGGGGUUUCUGCACCCAAAGAAACAUCUUUGGGCCCCAUUCCUUCUGAACCUUCCAGGAAGGAUGAAAGUAUUUCCGAAACGGCUUCAUUUGAUAAAAAGAACCGGGUAACGUGUAUCGAUAGCCAUGAAACCAGUGUGAACACCAAAGAAGAAAGGGGAGUCCUGGAGAGUAGGGCGCCAGAGAUAAAAGAAAACGAUGGGGUAUUAAACAGAGAAGAAUGGAUAAAGAAGAGUGAUGCAAGAAAAAAAGAUGGUAUGUAUAGACUUUCUCAGGAGGAGACUUUGUUGAAAUAUGACAAUCAGGAGCUGGAGACAAGCGAUAGAGAGUUAUCUGUUAAUAGUGCACCUUGCGAGAUUAAGGAACGGAGUAAUUUAUACAUGGAUACAAAACAGUCAAAAAGCUUUGCAGAUUUCUUUGAGAGCAAUAAGAAAGAGGAAGAAAUUAGAAGUGAAGAUGACACAAGCUUAUUUCUCUCCAAAUUUAUGGAUGAUGAGCUUCCUACCUCAGAAAGCAAGAAAAAAGAAUCAAAGAAGAGUGGAUCUUUCUUUGGAUUCUUGAACAUGUUCAAAAAAGAGACGGUUCAUAAGGCCAACAUCGAUGUAGAUGACGACUUCCGUUACGAUCCAGUGGAGAAAAAAUGGGUGGGAGGAUCUUCAAAUGAAGGAAAGAGCGGAGAUAGCCCUGCCGUAAAACCUCGAGAAAUACCAAAGCCCAAGAUUGGAGUAGGAAGACCAGCCAAAAACGAAUUAGAUACGAAUGUUACAUCGAUGUAUGCAAAUAGAAAGAGUGCAGGGAAUAAGAGAAUUCCUGGAGUUCUGGGUAAAAAGAAUAAUGAGAAUUAA